AUGGAGGACUCGGACGAUUCGAGCGCCCACGAGAGCGACUUCUCCGUCGAGAGCGAUGAUGACGACAUCCCAACGGACCAGCCGCGAUCGAUAGAAGCCCUCGACGGCGGCGCCGUCGCGGCGCUCGCGGCGCUCGACGACGACGGCCUCGCCGAGCAGGUCUGGGACUGCUACGACGGCCUGGCCCUCGCGGCGAGCGGCGGCGGCGCGGCGGCGGCGGCCGUCGCGGCGCGGGUCCGCGGCGCGCUGUCGGCGCGCGAGCGCGUGCUCGUCGUGCGGACGGCCGUCGCGCGCUGCGACGACGGCGCAUCGUGGCGGUGGCUCGCGGCGGAGGCGCGCGACGCGCUGGCGCGCGUCGCGCCGGAGCGCCUCGGGUCCGUCGCGCCGAGCUGCGCCGCCGCGCUCUGGCGGAGCGCCGUCGACGACUGGGUCGCCGUGCGCGAGCGCGAGCUCCGGGGGCGGCCCGGGGGCGGCCUCGGCCUCGAGCCCGCCGCCGCCGCGGACGCGAUCCUCGCCGUCGCGGAGCUCGCGGCGUCGAACGAGGACCCGCGCUGCCGCGCCCUCGCCGUGCGGCUCGCGCUGCUCCUCGCGCGCUGGGACGGCCUGCCGGCGUCGCUGCCGCCGCGGCGCCUCGCGGCGCUCUGCGCGGCCGCGGGCUUCGACGUCGCCGCGGCCGUCGGCGCCGCGUGCGGCCGCCUGCGCGCGCGGCGCGUGCGGCGCGCGGCGCGCCAGCGGUCGGCCUUCCGGCGCCGGAAGCGGGCCCACGCCGAGCGCGCCGUCGCGCUCGGCGCGCGGCCCGAGGACGUCGGCGGCGGCGACGAGGGCUCGUCGAGCAGCGUCGACUCCGCGAGCAGCGGCAGCGACGAUUCGGGCCGCGGCGACAGCGACAGCGACGCCGGCGACCGCGCCGUCGUCGACGGCGACCGGGUUUCGGCGCCGGCGACGGCCGCGGACCUCGGGUGCUCGCGCGACCGCGAUUUGCGGUGGAGCGCGGCGGGCGCCGCGCGGCUCCUCGCGCGCCUCGACGCCGCGGGCGACCUGCCCAAGGUCUGGUCCCGCGCGGGCGAGUGGGCGGCCCUCGGGCCCGGCGCCGCGCGGCUCCUGUCGCGGUCCGCGUGCCGCGCGGGCGGCGCAGGCGCGCCCGCGGCGGGCGCGGCGCUCGCGCUGGCGCUGCUGCGGCGCGCGGGCCGGUGCGCCGUGGCGCGCGACGCGGCUCUGGAGCUCCGGUGCGGCCGGCGGCUCCUGCGGGUCGUCGCGGCCUGCGCGGACGAGGCCGCGCGGCGGGCCGCGCGGCCCGCGUUCCGCGCGCUCGUCGAGACGGCGGACGGCGGCGGCCGGCGCCGGCGGCUGCUCGGCGCGCCCUGCCCGGACGGCGCGCGGGGCUGCGUGCUCGACGCGCUCCGCCGCGAGGCCUGCCGCCGCGCGGCGGCCGGCGGCGACGCGGAGACGGACGGCGCCGUCGCGGAGGCGCUCCGCGGGGGGCUCGCCGCGCUCGACCGCGACGUCGGCCGCGGCUACGACGCGCUCCACGCGCGCCUCGACGCGCACCUCGGCUUCCUCGCGCUGGCGCGCGCCGUCGCCGCGGCGCCGGCGCUCCCGGCCGCGCGCGCGGCGCUCGCGGCGGGCUUCGGCGUGCUCGAGCCCGCGGCGACGACGCUGCGGAGCCGGCUCCGCCGGAGCGCCGCGGCGGCGCGCUCGGGCGACGACGCGGCGCCGGAGGCGACGGACGCCGCGCGCGAGACGCCCGCGCCAGGGCAGGACAAGAGAGCGAAAUUCCCAACUUCAAAGGCUCCUUUCUCGGCCGUUUUCCACUCGCCCGCGCGGCCCGACGACGCGACGCCCGAGGGCCAGCGGUUCCUCCUCCACCUCCUCGCGGAGAACCUCGACUACGUCCUCGACGCGCUCGGCGGGACCACCCGCGCCGCGACGAUGAAGAGCGAGCCCCAGCCGCCGCCGUCGGCGGCGAGCCAGGCCGUGGAGAUCGCCUGCAAGAGCGGCGCGCCGGUGCAGACGCGGGCCGAGCGCCCCUGCCCCAUCCACCAGGACGUCGUCUUCGCCGGCGGCGGGGGCGGCGACCGCCUCGACAGCAUCGUCUUCCGUAACCACUACGUCGCCUCCAUCUCGGUCUACCAGCGCCAGCUCGCCGCCGACGGGGCCGGCCCCAAGGCGCCGCGCUGGGUGCCCGUGCUCCGCGACGAGCGGCUGAUGGCGCACCCGCACUUCGAGGACGACGCGCAGUCGCAGCGCACGCUCUACACGAGCCGCUUCCUGCCGGCCUUCGACGCGCGCCUCUGCGCCGGCGGCGGCGGCGAGGCCGACGACGGGCCGCCGCCGAGCGACGGCGCGCGCGAGCCCCCGGAACAGGUUGGGCAGCCCGGUGGUGCGAUCCGUCGUGUCGCCCGGCGCCGUCCCAUGGUCCUCCGAACCGUCGCCGCCGUCGCGGUCCUGGCCCGGGUCGCCGGCGCCGCCGAGUGCGACCCGUCGGUGUCCAUCACCUUCACGACUUCCCAGCGCAUCACGUCCAACGCCAACGGCGUCAAGGGCAUCAGCGCCGUCGACCUCGACGAGGACGGCGACGUCGACUUCGUGACGGCGUCCUACAGCGGCGACGAGGUUCAGUGGCACAACAACGACGGGUCCUACGUCUUCUCGGACGUCAUGGUGUCGAGCGACGAGGACGGGACGUACACCGCGGUGCCCGUGGACCUCGACGGCGACGGCGACCUCGACCUCGUCGCCACGGCCUACAUGGACAACCGGCUCGCGUGGUUCGAGAACGACGGCUCCAUGGGCUUCUCGCGCCACAUCAUCUCGAACUCGGAGACGUACUGCAUCGGCGGCGUGGCCGCGGACGUCGACGGCGACGGCGACCUCGACGUCGUCAACGCGGGCGCGUCCGGCGGCGACUUCUUCCACUGGUGGGAGAACGACGGCUCCGAGGGCUUCUCCAUGCACGUCAUCCACUACGACAGCGGCAUGGUCGGCUGGGACGUCGCCGCGGCGGACGUCGACGGCGACGGCGACGCGGACGUCGUCGGCUGCGCCUACACCGACAGCUACAUCUCCUGGUACGAGAACACGGACGGCGCGGGCACCUUCGCCGAGCACGUCAUCGUCUCGAGCGGCUUCGCCAACCCCAGCGCGGCCAACGCCGUCGACGUCGACGGCGACGGCCACGUCGACGUCGUCGCCCUCGCCUACGGCGACAGCAAGGUGUCCUGGUUCGACAACGGCGGGAGCCAGGCCUUCACGGAGCAGGUCAUGGCGUCGCCGACCGGCCCCCGGGGGCUCUUCGCGGGCGACAUGGACGGCGACGGCGACAUGGACGCGCUCGUCAUGGAGCGGACGUCGACGCAGGGCUUCCAGAAGUGGGUCGAGAACGCCGGCGGGACCUACACGCUCCACGACAUCUACGAGUACACGGGCUUCGACUGCGGCGCGGGCACCAUCGGCGCGGACGUCGACGCCGACGGCGACCUCGACGCGGUCAGCGGCCUCAGCUGCGGCGACUACGUCGAUUGGCACUCGAACGAGUGCACGCACCUCCCCGAGGCGCCGACGCCCGCGCCGACGCCGUCCGGGCCCGCGCCGACGCCGCGACCGUCGCCCACGCCCACGCCCGCGCCGACGGUCGCGCCGACGCUCCCCGCGCCGACGGUCUCGCCGACGCCCCGGCCGACGACCGCGAGCUGCGACCACGUCAUCCAAUUCCAGAGCGAGCAGAGCGUCGUCAGCGGCCAGGGCCAGUGCCAGGGCAUCUUCGCCGUCGACGCCGACGGCGACGGCGACUUGGACGUCUUCUCCGGCCAGACCUCGGCGAACAAGGUCCUCUUAAACGAGAACGACGGCGCGAUGGGGUUCUCCGUCGCCGUCACGCUCGACACGGCGGUGAACGGGGCCUGGACUGUCACCGCCUACGACGUCGACGGCGACGGCGACGUCGACGCGCUCGCCGCGGCGAACACGGGGAACAAGGUCGCCUGGUACGAGAACGACGGGUCCCAGGCCUUCACGACGCACGUCCUGUCGACGGCCCUGACCCAAGCGGUCGACAUCUUCGCCGUCGAUCUCGACGGCGACGCCGACGUCGACAUCGUCACCAUGGGCUACGGCGCCAGCGGCAGCGGCAGCGGGAGCAAGAUCCAGUGGUACGAGAACGACGGGUCCCUGGGCUUCACGGAGCACACUAUCGCCGCCGACUCGUUCGGGGGCAGCGCGAUCCACGUCUUCGACGUCGACGACGACGGAUCGUUCGACGUCGUCCAGGCGUCGCUCGAGGACCACACGACCGCUUGGUACGUGAACGACGGCGCCGAGGCGUUCACGAAGCAGAUCAUCAACGUCUGCGCCGGGUCCUGCAAGACGCGCGACGCCUACGCCGUCGACUUCGACGGCGACGGCGACGUCGACGUGCUGACGGCGACGGGCCUCGACGACACGGUCGACUGGUACGAGAACGACGGGGCCGAGUCCUUCACGAAGCACACCCUGGUGGACAAGACGUCGUCGAGCGCCUACGCCAUGAAGGCGCGUCCGGCGGACGUCGACGGCGACGGGGACCUCGACGUCCUCGUAUCCUGGGCCCUCGGGGAUUACGUCACGUGGCACGAGAACGACGGCUCGUUUGGCUUCACGGAGCACUACGUCGGCGCCAUGGACUACGCCUCCUUCGUCGAGCCGGUCGACCUGGACCUCGACGGCGACGUCGAUUUCCUCGCGUCGGGGAAGAACGCGCAAAAGGUCGUCUGGUACGAGCACGACUGCCUCGCGCCGAGCGCGACGCCAACGACCGCCGCGCCGUCGACGCUCGAGCCCACGCCGUCGCCGACGACGGCCGUACCGACGCCCGCGCCGACGCCGACGCCGACGCCGCUCCCGACGCCCGCGCCGACGACGGCCGCGCCGACGCCCGCGCCGACGCCGACCCCGACGCCGCUCCCGACGCCCCCGACGGCGAGCGCCCAGAUGGACUGCACGGCCGACGCCGUCGCGCCGCCGCUCCAGCUGCUGCGGUGCAAGCGGACUUCGACGGACGACAGCUGCACGACCGCGACCAGUAGCACGUCGCCCGACGACGCCAUGCUCCGCCUCACGGCGCUCGACAUCGAGACCUCGGAGCACGUCAAGGUCUUCGACUACUACCCCGACGGGUUCACCAAGAGCGCGACGGGCUCGAUCGUCGCGGGCACGCACGACACGAAGAACGUCAACGCCGUGGCGAUGCUGGUCAACGGCACCAAGAGCUACAUGCUCGCGGCCGUGGACGACCGCCUCUGCAACAUGUCUCCCGAAAGCUGGGGCUACGACCCCGCCGCGGGCAAGACGACGGGCGAAGCGGCCGACGAGGACUCCGCCGAGGCCGCGAACUGCCUCACCGGGCUCGAGACCACGCAGAUGCCCGCGUACACGGACUCCGUGUACAAGCCGACCGCCGCGGAAAUCGUCGGCACGACGUACUACUACUCCGAAAAGGUCACCACCUACGUGAAGCGCGUGAAGCGCGUCGACUAUCUCGUCGACGGCGACCCGGCGACGGCGCCCGACUUCGCGAGCACGCCCGAGGUCCGGAUCAAGAGCGCCAUCCUCGGAGUGAUCUCCGACUUCACCCGGGUCGAGGAGAACGGCGUCGACGACUGGAUCAUCGACGGCGAUGCGAACGGCGUCUACCUGGUCGGCUUGAAUGUCGUGGACGGCGAGGCUCGCGUCUUCGUCGGCAAGAUCAACAGCGCGACCGAGGAGCUCGGCAGCUACGCCAUCGCGCUCAUCCCGGAGGCGCGCGUCUUCACGAAGGACUGCGUAGAGUCCGGAAUCGCCGAGUGCGACCAACCGAUGACCGGGAGCCAGUACUUUGGCGGCGCGUACGCGUACCAAAAGGUCGACGAGAAGCCCCGGCUCUUCUUCUCCGCCAACUACAACAACAACGGCAUCGUGGAACUGCUGCUCCCCUUCACCGUCGCCGAUACGACGUCGGGCGACAAGUUCAACACGGGCACGGCGCAGUCGGGCCACGAGACCGCGGAGUCGCCCGACGCGCAGCUCGUCUGGCGGGCCGACUCCGCGUCGACGGACUUCAACGACGGCACGUCCUGCUCGCCGUUCUCGGCCUCGUGGCCCGACCUGCUGAUGCCGCCGACGGCCGCGCCGACGUCGGCGCCGACGGCCGCGCCCACGGCCGCGCCCACGGCCGCGCCUUCGGCCGCGCCUUCAGCGGCUCCCUCCGCGUCGCCUUCAGUCGGCGCCCACGGCCGCGCCGUCGUCGGCGCCGUCAUCGGGUCCCUCCGCGUCGCCUUCGUCGGCGCCGUCGUCGGCGCCGUCGUCGGCGCCUUCAGCGGCUCCGUCGCCGUCGCCAAGCGCUUCCCCCCGUCGCCCGCGCCGUCGCCCGCGCCGACGCCCCGGCCGACGACGCGCUGCGACUACGUCGUGACCUUCGCCUCGGCGCAGAGCGUCGUCAGCGGCCAGGGCCAGUGCCAGGGCAUCUUCGCCGUCGACGCCGACGGCGACGGCGACUUGGACGUCUUCUCCGGCCAGGCCUCGGCGAACAAGGUCCUCCUAAACGAGAACGACGGCGCCAUGGGGUUCUCCGUCGCCGCCACGCUCGACACGGCGGCGACCGGGGCCUGGACCGUCACCGCCUACGACGUCGACGGCGACGGCGACGUCGACGCGCUCGCCGCGGCGAACACGGCGAACAAGGUCGCCUGGUACGAGAACGACGGGUCCCAGGCCUUCACGGCGCACGUCCUGUCGACGGCCCUGACCCAAGCGGUCGACAUCUUCGCCGUCGAUCUCGACGGCGACGCCGACGUCGACAUCGUCACCAUGGGCUACGGCGCCUACGGCAGCGGCAGCGGCAGCUCGAUCGAGUGGUACGAGAACGACGGGUCGCUGGGCUUCACGGAGCACACCGUCGCCGCCGACUCGCUCGGGGGCAGCGCGAUCCACGUCUUCGACGUCGACGACGACGGGGACUUUGACGUCGUCCAGGCAUCGCUCGAGGACCACACGACCGCUUGGUACGUGAACGACGGCGCCGAGGCGUUCACGAAGCAGAUCAUCAACGUCUGCUCCGGGUCCUGCAAGACGCGCGACGCCCACGCCGUCGACUUCGACGGCGACGGCGACGUCGACGUGCUGACGGCGACGGGCCUCGACGACACGGUCGACUGGUACGAGAACGACGGGGCCGAGUCCUUCACCAAGCACACCCUGUCGGACAAGUCGUCGUCGAGCGCCUACGCCAUGAAGGCGCGUCCGGCGGACGUCGACGGCGACGGUGACCUCGACGUCGUCGCGGCCUGGGCCCUCGGCGACGACGUCACGUGGCACGAGAACGACGGCUCGAUGGGUUUCACGGAUCACGACGUCGGCGUCCUGGACUACGCGUUCUUCGUCGAGGGCGUCGACCUGGACCUCGACGGCGACGUGGACAUUCUCGCUUCGGGGCAAUUAGCCGAGGAAGUCGCCUGGUACGAGCACGACUGCCUCGCGCCGAGCCCCGCGCCGACGCCCGCGCCGACGACGCCCGCGCCGACGCUCGCGCCGACGACGUCCGAACCGAGCCUCGCCCCGACGGGCUGCUUCCUGAGCGUCACCGGCAUCGGCUCGUCGAUGACGUGCGUCUCGGGCGUCGACUGCACGCUGGCCUGGGACUACCAAGGCGACGGCUCGUCGUGCGCGUCGGUGAUCACGACCGUCACGAACGCCGACGACGGCAGCGUCAUCAACAGCGCGACGCUCGAUAACGACGGCUCGCACACGGUCACGAUCCCCGGGAGCGCGGCGAUCAGCUCGUACGGAUUCGCGAUCGAAUGCGCGGACGCUACGUGCGCUUCGGACAGCGCGACCUUCGCCGUCUCGUACACGUCUCCACCGAGCCGCCAGCCGACGACGAGUUCGCCGACGACGGCCGCGCCGACGACGGCCGCGCCGUCGGCCGCGCCCGCGCCCGCGCCGACCGGGCUCCCGUCGCCCGCGCCCACGGCCAAGCCCACGCCCCGGCCGACGACGCGCUGCGACCACGUCGUGACCUUCGCGUCCGCGCAGACCGUCGUCGACGGCGAGGGCGAGUGCACGGGCAUCUUCGCCGUCGACGUCGACGGCGACGGCGACCUCGACGUCUUCACGGGUCACCGCGAGGGCGGGAACCAGGUCCUCCUGAACGAGAACGACGGCGCCAUGGCCUUCUCCGUCGCCGCCGUCGUCGACGCGGCGGCGACGACGGUGUGGACCGUCGGCGCCUACGACGUCGACGGCGACGGCGACGUCGACGCGCUCGCGGCCUCGCGGGAGGAGGACGCCGUCUCCUGGUACGCGAACGACGGCUCCCUGGGAUUCACGCAGCACGUCCUGACGACGGCCCUCGUCCACGCCAACGACAUCUUCGCCGUCGAUCUGGACGGCGACGCCGACGUCGAUUUCGUCGCCAUGGGCUACGGCGCCUACGGCAGCGGCAGCGGCAGCUCGAUCGAGUGGUACGAGAACGACGGGUCCCAGGGCUUCACGCAACACACCGUCGCCAGCGACUCGUCCGGGGGCAGCGCGAUCCACGUCUUCGACGUCGACGACGACGGGGACUUCGACGUCGUCCAGGCAUCGCUCGAGGACCACACGACCGCCUGGUACGUAAACGACGGCGCCGAGGCGUUCACGAAGCAGAUCAUCAACGUCUGCUCCGGGUCCUGCAAGACGCGCGACGCCUACGCCGUCGACUUCGACGGCGACGGCGACGUCGACGUGCUGACGGCGACGGGCCUCGACGACACGGUCGACUGGUACGAGAACGACGGGGCCGAAUCCUUCGCGAAGCGCACGAUCGCGACCUCGACGGGCAGCUAUGGCAUCCGGGCGCGUCCGACGGACGUCGACGGCGACGGCGACCUCGACGUCGUCGCGGCCUGGGCCCUCGGCGACGACGUCACGUGGCACGAGAACGACGGCUCGAUGGCCUUCGCGGAUCACGACGUCGGCGUCCUGGACUACGCGUUUUGGGUUGAGGGCGUCGACCUGGACCUCGACGGCGACGUGGACAUUCUCGCGUCGGCGAGGGCCGCGGAGAAGGUCGCCUGGUACGAGCACGACUGCCACGCGCCGAGCCCCGCGCCGACGCCCGCGCCGACGACGCCCGCGCCGACGCCCGCGCCGACGCCCGCGCCCGUCGUCAACACGACGCCCGAACCGAGCCUCGCGCCGACGACGCCCGCGCCGACGCUCGCGCCGACGACGUCCGAACCGAGCCUCGCCCCGACGGGCUGCUUUUGCCUCAUCACCAGCAUCGGCUCGUCGAUGACGUGCGUCGCGGGCGUCGAGUGCACGCUGACAUGGGACUACCGAGGCGACAGCUCGUCGUGCGCGUCGGUGAUCACGACCGUCACGAACGCCGACGACGGCAGCGUCAUCAAUAGCAAUACGCUCGAGAACGACGGCUCGCACACGAUCACGGUCCCGGGAAGCGCGGCGAUCAGCUCGUACGGACUCGCGAUCGAAUGCGCGGACGCUGCCUGCGCCUCGGACAGCGCGACCUUCGCCGUCUCGUACACGUCUCCGCCGAGCGUCGAGCCGACGACGAUUUCGCCGACGACGUCCCUGCCGACCUAUCAGCCGAGCGCCACGCCGUCCGUCGAGCCGAGCCCCAAGCCGACGCCCGCUCCGGUCCCGCGCCCGACGCCGUCUCCGACGCCCGAGCCGUCGCCCGAGCCGUCUCCGGAGCCGUCGCCCGAGCCCACGCCGAAGCCGUCCGUGGAGCCGAGCCUCCGUCCGACGCCCCGACCCUCCGUGGAGCCGAGCCCCGCGCCGACGCCCGCGCCGUCGACGGCGCCGACGGGCUGCUUCGUCGCCAUCGUCGACGUCGGCACGCUCCUCACGUGCGUCGCGGAGACGGAGUGCGUGCUCUCGUGGGAGUACCGCGGCGACGCGGCGACCUGCGCGGACGUGACGGUGUCCGUCGCGACAUCCGACGGCACCGUCGUCGGCGGCGCGACGACGCCCAACGACGAGUCGCACUCCGUCGUCGUCUCCGCGGACGCGGAGGUGAACACCUACACGAUGACGCUCGCCUGCGCCGACGGGACCUGCGCGUCGGACUCGACGGCCUUCGAGGUGUCCUACAGCCCGCACCCGACGACGAAGCCGACGACGGCGGCGCCGUCGCCCGCGCCGACGCCCGCGCCGACGCUCGCGCCCUCGACGGCGUCGCCGAGCGCGGAGCCGACGCCGCUCUUCGUGUCCGCGCCGCCCAGCGCGGCGCUCGACCGGAACCGCUUCGCCGCGGGCGCGCCCGUCUUCGUCGCGCUGCUCGUCUUCGCGACGACGGGCAAGCUCGAGCUCGCGGCCCUGCUGCCCUGGACGCACCGGGCCGCCGAGGACAUCCUGCUGCUGAAGCGGCGGGCGGACGGCGGCCUGGGCCGGCGCUUCGGGCCCUUCCCCGACGCGGCGCUGCUCCGGGCCGCGGCCGCGUCGACGGGCUUCGACGCGCUCCUCCAGCUCGCGCUCAAGGCCGCGGCCCUCGUCGCGAACCGGAGCGACGGCGUCGCGGCGCUCAACGCGGCGACGAACUUCUGCGUCGUCGUCGGCGUCUUCGUGGCGGGGCUGCUCGGCGGCUCGGGCGCGGCGGCGCCCGCGGACAGCGUCGCGCCCGACGACGAGCGCCUCGUCCUCGCCGCCGUGCCCGCCGUGCCCCUGGAGACGGACGUGACGAAGACCGUCAUCGACUUCGACGAGGAGGAGCGCAAGAUGGGCGGCGGCGACGGCGACGGCGCCAUCGCGCUCGACGCGGCCGACGCGGCGUCGCCGGCGUCGCCGGGCGUCUUCGGCUGCGGCGCCGUCGACCUCGCCUGCGCCGCCGCGUGCGCCUACCCCGACGACGACGCCGAGGAGGCCAAGGCCGCGGGCGGGACCUCCGUCUUCCUCCGCAACGACGGCUCCCAGGUCACCAUCAACAACCCGGGCGGCAUCAACCUCUCGGACCUCACGAUCCAGGAGGACGAGUCCGGCAACGUCAACGUGUUCCUGGGCGCCGGCGCCGACAGCGCCGCCGAGCUGACGCUGCCGAGUAAGCUGUAG